AUGGAUCUUGUAAGUAGAAGAUUCUUGAUCCACUUUUCACAACAUGGGUCAGAAUCACAAUCACAAGCUAUUUCUCCAAUACCAAGUACUUCAAGUUCAAUUUUUCAUCAUUCUAGCACAAGUUUUCCAAUUAUCGCUAUUGCGAUAAUUGGAAUCUUAGCAACAGCUUUCUUGCUUGUUUCCUACUACAUCUUUGUAAUCAAAUGUUGUCUCAGUUGGCACCGUAUCGAUCUUCUCCGUCGAUUCUCACCGUCUCGAAGACGACAAGAUCCGACCACAAUAUACUCACCGGGGUUAGAGCCUCGCGGCCUAGACGAGGCCGUGAUUAGGUUAAUCCCGGUGAUUCAUUUCAAAACAGAAGAUGAAAAUAGAGAGUCUUCUGAAUGUGCUGUUUGUUUGAAUGAUUUUCAACAAGAUGAGAAGCUUAGGAUUAUACCGAAUUGUAACCAUGUUUUUCAUAUUGAUUGCAUUGACGUUUGGUUACAAAACAAUGCUAAUUGUCCACUUUGUAGAACAAGCAUUUCUUUGACAAAAGGAUACCAUUUUGAUCAAAUGCUCACACAACAAAAUCCUUAUUCAGUUUCAUCUCAAGAUCAAAAUUCACAUAAUGAUGAAGGUUUUGUUGUCAUUGAAUUGAGUAACAAUGAUGCAAUAGAGUUACCAUUACCAUUGCCAUUACCAAGAGCAAAUUCUAUUAGUCCUUCGCCGAGAAAAAGUCGAAAAAAGUUGCAUAAAUUGACAAGUAUGGGAGAUGAAUGUAUUGAUAUUAGAGCAACAAAAGAUGAACAAUUUUCAGUUCAACCAAUUAGAAGAUCUUUCUCAAUGGAUUCAUCAGGAGAUAGACAGUUUUAUCUUGCAGUUCAAGAAGCUCUGCAUCAACAAAAGAGGGGUGUCAAUGAAGUUAACAACUCCAUUGAAGGAUGCAGUGGUGGUGGAAGUGGUGGUUGUGGUGGUGGUGGUGGUGGUGGAAGUGGAAGAGUGAAGAAAUCAUUUUUUUUAUUUGGAUAUGGAAGUAGAUCUAGAAGUUCUGUUCAACCUGUUUAUUUAGAUUCUUAA